UCACGUCGGGAAAGGCGGGCUCCGGCCUUGGGAGCUCCAGGAUCCUGAUUUGUGGCGAUUUUUCCCGCCAGACAGUGUACAGAUGUGCUGAGGCGGCAGACGCCCACCGAGGCCCGGCAGGUGAAAUCUUUCGUACGGCCCACCCUGGAUCGGGGGGACGAGAGCACUACAGGAAAAUGCCAGCAGUUACUCAGUGUGAAAGUCAGACAGUGCUGGCCAAAGCUAGCCCCACCAGGAGGAGCCGCCUGUCCCUGCGCUUCUUCCAGAAAAAGGAGACAAAACGCGCUUUGGACUUUGCGGAAACACCACAAACUGAAGAGCAAAAUGUGGACGAGAAAGCGACAGAAACCUGUGAUCAGGUGGUUCCUGCUGCUCAGCUCUCCCCUCCUGUCUGCUGUGUGAAGAAAGAAAGCUUGGCUCCUUUUGUAGGAUUCAGCAAUCUUGGCAACACUUGCUACCUUAACAGUAUACUUCAGGUUUUAUGCUACUGCCCUGGAUUUAAAAGCGGCGUAAAACAACUGAGUGAAGUUAUAUCUAAGAGGAGAGAGAAGGAGGACAAAGAGCAUGCUGACGAAAAUAAAGAGAGUGCGAAAGAAGACUUACCUGCAAGUUAUGAGGUCAUCUGCAAUUUGAGUUCAUUGAUUCAUUCCACAGAACACCUACAAGUCAACUAUCUUUUAAAUCCAGAGAAUUAUGACACAGAGCUUGCUGCACAACCCAGAAGGCUUCUGAACACGCUGAGAGAAUUAAAUCCUAUGUAUGAAGGAUAUCUCCAGCACGAUGCGCAAGAAGUGUUGCAGUGUAUUUUGGGAAACAUUCAGGAAGCCUGCCAGAGCCUGACAAAAGAGAUGAAAAGUUUGUGUGUGAAUGAGCCAGCUACACCACAACCUGAAAGCAAAGAACCAAGUGCUUGUAAUGCUGGGACCCCGGACAUCUCUGAGGAUGUAUCUUCUAAUAAUGAAACAGCGAGUCCAAAAAGUGACAAUGGCAAACGAAAGAGUGAUAGUGAGGUUGGAAAUGUAAAGAAAAAAACGAAGCUAACUAAAGAGCCUGCGCCUGAGGAGCAGCGAGUAACCAGAUCAAAAAGGAAACCAGUCCUGGAGAAGCAGAAGGAUAAAGCAGACUGUUCUAAAGUCCGUGCAGACUCUGCUCCCACCAGUCACACCCAGCACAAAAAAUCCAGAUUAGGGCUGAACUGGUUGAAAUCGGGUAAACAACCAAGUAUUUUAUCAAAGUUCAGGAGUUUGAGUAAAAUGGACAGCCUGUCUAAAAGUUCUCCCGCUGAGCCUCAAAACCUGAAUGUUAAAUCCGACCCAGAUCAGUCCAAGAGUGAGGAGCCAGUGAAGGAAAAUGGCGACUACAAGUCAGAAGAAGGUAGCGAUACCAAGACAUCCCAGAAUGAGACAAGUGAGUUUGAACUGGUGAAGAAAUUAUUCCAGGGCGAGCUGGUGUUACGAACGCGAUGUCUGGAAUGUGAAUGUCUGACUGAACGGAGGGAAGACUUCCAAGAUAUCAGCGUUCCUGUGCAGGAAAAUGAUGCUCCAAAAUCAGAAGACUCAUCCGACAACUCGCCUGAUCCUAGGCUGGAAAUCAAAACCUUGAAAUGGGCAAUAUCCCAGUUUGCAUCUGUGGAGAGAAUAGUUGGAGAAGAUAAAUACUUCUGUGAGAACUGCCUGCAUUACACAGAAGCUGAGAGAAGCCUUCUGUUUGAUAAGAUCCCAGAAAUUAUGACCAUUCAUCUGAAGUGCUUUGCAGCAAACAGUUCAGAGUUUGAUUGUUACGGAGGACUCUCGAAAGUUAACACACCCUUAUUAACCCCACUGCGACUGUCCUUGGAGGAGUGGAGUACCAAGCCAACGAGGGACAUUUAUGGUCUAUUUGCCGUGGUAAUGCACAGUGGAGUGACCAUCAGCAGCGGACAUUACACAGCAUAUGUCAAACUGAGCGACCUCAACCUCCAGGUAGACCAGGUGAAAGCUCCUACUGACCACCAGGAUCUAAUGAAGACCGAGCCACUGACGGAAGAGGAGGCUCGAAUGUCCGAUGAAAGCCGCGACAGUGAAGUCACUUUUCGAACUGGUGCAAACUUGUCUGCAAACGGCAAAGUAGCCAAAAAGAAUACGGACACAAUUGGCCUCCUUGGAGGACAGAAAAGUAAAACUGACUUUGAGCAGCUUCCUACACCAAAAGCUGAGAAGGUUCAGAGCACUCUCCCUGACAAAGGGUUAACAGGAUCCAGCGUCAUAGACGAUGUCCAUAAGGGAAAUGAUCAAAAACUGCAGUCUGCUACAGAUGGACUCAGCAGCAAGUCUGCAUUGUAUGCACUGCAGAGUCUGACAGAGUACGAGGGCAAGUGGCUGCUCUUUGACGAUUCAGAAGUAAAAGUGACUGAAGAAAGAGACUUUUUGACCACAAUUUCUCCGAACACUCAGUCUACGUCCACUCCCUACCUGCUGUUUUACAAGAGGUUGGUAGAGUAGACAUCGUCCCGGGUCCAGCCUGCAACCUGUAUCAUAUGUACAGUUCCAGCCGCCAGUGUGUGUAUAUAUUUGUAUCUUGUAUAUAAUCAGAUCUAACAGACAAGCUGCAGUCAUAUACAGAUUGCAUGUAGAACCCGCGUAUAUAUAUACUUAUAUAUAGAUUGGAUUAUAUACAGUUUUGUUUUUUUUCACAUAGACACUUAAUACCAAUUUCUUUUUUUUAAUAAAGUUUCUCAUUCUAUAUACUAAAAACAAAGUAAAUAUUGGUCGAGUGACUAGUGGUCCGAUCAUGGCAUAGAGCCCCCCUCCCAGGUAAUACAACUUUAUGCAAAGUUACUUUGUCAAAUCAGCAAUAAUGUAUAGGCUUUUAAGAACCUAUUUAUCAACAGGUAGAUGGCAGGGACUGAGCGCCCAGCCAUUACUGGAGAACAGACCCGUUCAGGAAAGCUAGGUGCAGAAUCAUUUUAAAUGUUGUUUCGUAGAAGUUUUCUUAAGACUUUUUGUAAUGAAAAAUGUCUGGUGUUGUGACCAUACACAGGGUUUGUACUUUGGAUAAAGGUUUUUUAGAUUUC